AUGAUGAAAACGGUAAAACCGAGCGUUGUUUUCUGUGAACAGAGCUCUCUGGAAGAAGUUGAAGCUGCAUUGGAUACAAUAGAUUUGAAUGUGAAAGUAUUUGUUAUAGAUGAACAACUCAAAGGAUAUAAUCAUAUCAAGGAUCUUUUAGUUGAGACCGGUGAAGAGGAUCAAUUUAUUCCAGUGGAUCUUGAGGACGCAGCCAAACAUGUGGCAGUGGUUCUAACAACUUCGGGUAGUACUGGACCUUCGAAAGCAGUGUGUCUGACACAUGCUCUAUGCAUUGCCCAUAUGAUAGGAAUAUUUGGAUUCCAUCCUGCAGAAAUAGUUUUUGUCAAGCGCUGUCUUAGUGGUGGAGCUCACGUGUCGGAUGAACUGAAAAGAAACACCGAGCAGCUUAUUCCUGGUGUAGACUUUAUAAUAGCCUAUGGAUACACCGAAAUUGGUAGAAUCGUUGAUGACGCGGGAAAGACAUUGGAUAUCGGCGAAGCAGGAGAGCUUCUCAUCAAAACGGCUUACACGUUCCUGCGAUACGAAAACAACAAGAAAGCGACUGAUGAAACACUAGACUCCGAAGGUUGGCUGCAUACCGGGGCAUUGGGACGGUUCGAUGAAGAUGGUUUCCUUUAUCUGAUCGAUAGGAAGAAAGACAUCAUUCGUUAUAACGGCGAAAUCAUAUCGCCGAACGAAAUCGAAAACGUGAUUCAGUCUGUUCCAGGAGUCCAAGUCGUAUGCGUUGCUGCGAUAAAUGUGAACGGACAAGACGUGCCGGCAGCUUUUGUAAUGAAAUCCGACGGAUCGAACCUAGAAGAGGAACACAUCGAACAAGCAGUCCAACAGAAACUUCCCAGCUACUGCCAACUAAAGGGCGGGGUACACUUUGUCAAAAGCAUUCCUUUCACCAUGACGGGAAAGAAGUACCGAGCAGGAUUGUUGAAGAUGUUGCAGUGA